AUGGUCAUAGAUUUGAGCUGGUCUCCAUGGCAAACGGCUGAAGAUUUGGCUUCAGAAGCUGGUAUACCAUUGGUCAGAACUUUGUUAGGCUCCCAGCAGCUGGUGAAGGCACUGGACAACUACUUGGAGUCCAGGAACGCAACUGAUGCUGCUCUGAUACUGGAGAGUGAGAGUGACGUGGACCGCACCCUGUACGAGUUGCUAGGAGCAUCAAACAUCAGGGUCUGGGUACACGCUGGUCUGACCAGAGACUCUGCUAAGUCCUUGAAGACCAUGCGACCGGAGCCCAGCUUCUACAUCAUCGUAGGAGAAAACGGAUUUGUUAUGGAUACGUAUAGGCGGGCCGUCAAAGAGAAGCUAGUCCGGCGCAAUUACCGCUGGAACCUGAUCAUGACUGACUACUCUUCAGUGGAGGUCGGUCAGUUAGUUCUACCGACUGUAAUCCUUCAGUCAGAUCCAGUGGAGUGUUGUAAGCUGCUGAAAAAGGAAGAGUGCAACUGUCCAUCUGAUUUUCAGAGAAAACAACAUAUAAUCAACUCCUUAAUACUCUAUCUAUCAGAGACGUACUCCAAAUUAGAAGGAGACCUGCCUCUCACGACAUCCUCUAUACUAUGCGAGGAACCACAGUCCACUAUGAACGUCACCAGGGAUCGCCUCUUCAGGCAAUUCGCUGAGGACUCGGAGAUCAGCAAUGAGACUUUAUUCUUUUGGGAUGGUGAUCGGUCUGGUCUGUUCCUCCGCUCCCGCUUCGUACUCUCCACAUACAAACCAGAAGACGGUCAGCAGGUCAUAGCGACCUGGUCUGCUGAUGAAAACUACAAGCUUCUGCCUGGCAUCGAACUGGAACCACUGAGGAUGUUCUUUAGAAUUGGAACUGCACCUGCUGUUCCCUGGACCCUGAUGAAGUUAGACCCUAAGACUGGAGAACAGAUGUACAACGAAGAUGGCCAGCCAUUGUACGAGGGAUACUGCAUCGAUCUCAUCGCUAGAUUGUCUGAGACAAUGUCUUUUGAUUAUGAGAUAGUGUCACCAAAAACUGGUGAUUUUGGAAAGAAACUACCGAAUGGCACGUGGGAUGGAGUCGUUGGGGAUCUCAUGAGAGGAGAAACAGAUAUAGCGAUUUCAGCUCUUACAAUGACAGCAGAAAGGGAGGAAGUGAUAGAUUUUGUGGCCCCCUACUUUGAACAAACUGGGAUUUUGAUAGUUAUACGAAAACCCAUAAGAAAAACAUCGCUCUUUAAAUUUAUGACAGUACUCCGGACAGAGGUAUGGUUAAGCAUCGUGGCUGCACUUGUCCUGACUGGCUUUAUGAUCUGGUUGCUCGACAAAUAUUCUCCAUACUCCGCUAGAAAUAAUCCUGAUGCAUACCCGUAUCCGUGCAGGGAAUUCACCCUCAAAGAAAGCUUUUGGUUUGCCCUGACCUCGUUCACUCCACAAGGCGGUGGGGAGGCUCCAAAAGCUUUAUCCGGAAGAACGCUUGUAGCUGCCUACUGGCUGUUUGUGGUGCUGAUGUUGGCCACAUUCACUGCUAACCUGGCUGCCUUCUUGACUGUAGAGAGGAUGCAGACACCAGUGUCCUCCUUGGAGCAGUUAGCUCGACAGUCCCGCAUCAACUACACGGUCGUGGAAGGUUCAUCAGUGCAUCAAUACUUCGUCAAUAUGAAGUUUGCGGAGGAUACUCUUUACAGGGUUUGGAAAGAAAUAACAUUGAAUGCGACGUCAGAUCAGGCGCAGUACAGGGUCUGGGACUACCCAAUCAGGGAGCAGUAUGGACAUAUACUAUUGGCUAUCAAUGCUUCUCAACCCGUACCGGACGCAAAGACUGGUUUCCAACAAGUGAACGAACACACGGACGCGGACUUCGCUUUCAUACACGAUUCGGCUGAAAUAAAAUACGAAGUAACAAGGAAUUGCAAUUUGACGGAAGUGGGCGAGGUAUUCGCUGAGCAGCCGUACGCUAUAGCUGUCCAGCAAGGGUCCAGGUUGCAGGAAGACCUGUCUAGAGCACUGCUGGAGCUGCAGAAGGAGAGGUUCUUGGAACAGCUGGCUUCUAAAUAUUGGAACGAGUCGGCAAGACAAGCCUGUCCGGAUGCUGAUGAGUCUGAAGGAAUCACUCUUGAGAGCUUGGGUGGAGUAUUCAUAGCAACGCUCUUCGGCUUAGGACUAGCGAUGCUGACUUUAGCAUGGGAAGUAUUCUACUACAAACGAAAGGAAAAGAAUAAAGUCCAGACCUUUAAUUCGAAGCCUGAAAAAGUAGCCUUUGAAUCAAAGUCUAGUCUAGAAUCUAAAGUAGCCCAGUCUGUGGCGAAAAUUCGAAAAAGGGGGAAGCUUGGUAAGAGGGGUAAUGUCGCCAAAAAUGUCACAUUUGGUGAUAGUUUCAAACCGGUUUCCGAAAAGGGCGUGUCCUAUAUCAGUGUUUUUCCAAAGGAUUAUAGGCCUUAG